AUGAGGUUUGGUGUGACUGGGGGCCUGCUUUUGCAGGUCCCUGGAAAAGACACGGCUGCGAAGGCGGAUCUGUUUGCAGGCAGACUACGGGAGGUCUUCUCGGGAGGAGAUGUGGUGGUCUCCCGCCCCCGGAAAACCAUGGAGCUCAGGCUUCGUGGUACUAUGGGGGAGGAGACUGCCUCGCGCGAGGAGAUUUUGGAGGCGCUGGGAUCUCUGGGGGGAUGUGACGCGGGGGAUAUCCGGAUCGGGUCGGUUCGGCCCUUGCCGCGGUCCCCCUUGAGCACCCUUUGGGUGCGUUGCCCGUUGGCUGUUGGCCGAAAGGCCUUGUCAACGGGUAGACUUCGGGUAGGCUGGAACACCCUGGAGGUCGAGGCGCUUCGUGCCCGGCCUCUGAGGUCGUCCACGGAUUUGCCGGCUGGGUCCGUGGAUCGGAACACGACAGUGCCGAGGAGCAGGACAGAGGAUGAGGUGGAGGACCAACUCAUCCAGUUGGACAUCGCCUGGGAGGAGCUGGGAGAGGACGACGAUCCCACGAUCUCGUAA